CAUUCCUUCCUGAAAGGGACCUGAGCAGAAAUUCAGGAGUUGUGCUUGUCACUGAGACAACAGUGCCGUGAGUGAGGUUGUCUGAAAUUAUUUAUUUGAUGUGGAGCAGUCUUCUUCGAUUGUUUUGGUAAAGGUCAGACAGGGUCGCGUUGAAAGCACCCUGAUUUGAAGUAACGUUACCAAAGGAGACUUGCUAAGGAAAAUCAAGAGUGGCCAAGAUUCUGAAGUGGGUGUCAAAGAACUGCCAGUCAAGAGUUGAUCUCACAAGCCAGAACAUUGUCUUAAAAAAGUAUAGCGAGUGUGCAGUUAAAUGCAGCUCAACCUCUGUGUUUGCAAAUGGCUUGCUGUCUGAAGGAUGAGCUCCUGUGUUCCAUCUGCCUGAGUAUCUACCAGGACCCUGUCAGUUUUGGCUGUGAGCACUAUUUCUGCCGAAAGUGCAUCACUGAGCACUGGAGCAGACAGGAGCCCCACGGUGUACGAGACUGUCCUGAGUGCAGGAGGACCUUCGCAGACCCUCUUCUCUCCCCAAGCCUCAAGCUGUCCAACAUCGUGGAGCGCUACUCAGCCUUCCCGCUGGACGCCAUCCUCAACGCGCAGAGGAGCUCCUAUCCCUGCAAGGACCACGAGAAGGUCAAGCUUUUCUGCCUCAGCGACAAGAGCCUGGUGUGUUUCUUCUGUGACGAGCCAGCCUUACACGAGCAGCAUCAGGUCACCACUAUUGACGAGGCCUACGAGGAGAUACAGAGGGAGAUGAAGGAGCAGCUGGCCACUCUGCAGGACAGUGAGAAGGGACACACCGAGGCCUUGCAGCUACUGCAGAGACAACUCACUGAGACCAAGUCGUCGGCCAAGGGCCUGCGUGCAACCAUCGGCGAGGCAUUUGAACGCCUGCAGCGGUUCCUGCGAGAGCGCCAGAAGGCCAUGCUGGAGGAGCUGGAGACGGACACGGCGCGCACGCUCUCCGACAUCGAGCACAAGAUCCAGCGCUUCAGCCAGCAGCUGCGUGAUGUCAAGGAGGGCAUCGGCAUCCUGCAGGAGCGCCUCAACGAGACGGGACGUCACGACUUCCUGGAGGGCGUGGCCCUCACCUCCGAGAGGUGCUCUGCUUACUGUCUGACUGACCUUGGAUCAGCUCUUCUUCCAAAAAGCCACAGUCCUAAACUUUUGAUAAAAGGAAAGAUACAUGAGACCAAUCUAACAUAUGAAGAUUUCCCGACCUCCAAGUACAUGGGGCCCCUGCAGUACACAAUAUGGAAGUCUCUCUUUCAGGAUAUUUCACCAGUGCCAGCAGCUUUGACCUUAGACCCCAUCACAGCCCACCAGAGACUCAUCCUAUCAGAUGACUGCACCAUCGUAGCCUAUGGUAACCUGCACCCCCAGCCCCUGCAGGACUCCCCGCGGCGCUUCGACGUGGAGGUGUCUGUGCUGGGGGACGAAGGCUUCGGGUCUGGGGUGCACUACUGGGAGGUGAUGGUGUCAGAGAAGACCCAGUGGAUGAUCGGCGUGGCCAACGAGACGGUCAGCCGCAAGGGCAGCAUCCAGAUCCAGCCCAGCCGCGGCUUCUACUGCGUCGUCAUGCACGACGGCAACCAGUACAGCGCAUGCACCGAGCCCUGGACCCGCCUCAACGUCAAGAGCAAGCUGGAGAAGGUGGGCGUGUACCUGGACUACCCCAAGGGCCUGCUGGUGUUCUACAAUGCUGACGACAUGUCCUGGCUGUACACCUACAGGGAGAAGACUUUCCCGGCCAAGCUCUGCCCCUACUUCAGCCCCGGGCAGAGCCACGCCAAUGGCAAGAACGUCCAGCCGCUGAGAAUCAACACCGUGCGUCUAUAAGAGCCACACACAGGGUCACUCUACAGAUCGGCUCGCUCACCUCAACCCUCCCUGAGGAUAGGAUACCAACGAUGAUGACAUAACUAAGAUCCUAAAGACGGCUCGUUUUUUUUUAAAUGAUGAGAGGGGGGACAGGGUGUUUGACUAUGAAAUGUAAAUUUGUUUCGUUCUGGUGUUCUUUUCCGGGUCUCUGUUUUUGUCUUGCCUGUCGGUGUGGCUCCUCACUGAUCUCACCAGGGAGGGACUAUGUGGACAUUGCUGCAGCAUCAUGGUUUCAACUGGAGUCCCGGUUAGCUUCUUCAGGGGUGGAAGGAGAGAGAGACCCCCCGCUCCCCCAAGCCCCUCUGGGCUUUACUCUGUCUGCAUAGAUGAUGACAUCGCACCGUGGUUUCGUAGUGGGAUCUCUGUGCUGUGACUGAGGCCCACCUUGAACAGGCCCACGGGCUCUGCUCUCCUUCCAAGGCUCCAGACUGACAGACGGCUGCUCGGUCUGUCUCUCUCAGCAGCCAGACAUUUUGAAACCGGGGGCCACCUUUCUUUUCGGCUUGUUUGCGGAAUAUUUCUGACGACGCUCUGCUCCUUUUUUCUUUGGCACAGAUCGCAGUUGUGAGUGAAAGCCUAUCGGUGUGGCAGUGAGUGCUGUUCCAUGUCCUCCCCGGUGAACCUGUACACUUUACUGAUGGAAAUGAUGUCGCAUCUCUUGAUUCCUUUCCCUCAGGACACACGUCCAGUUUUCCAGUCGACACUGUCAAGUCAGUCCAAGUGCUGGACGUGGCUGAUACUCGUCAUUUGACAAUGGCAGCCUCGUGGUCUGUGUGCUCUAGUGAUGGUCACUCUGUGCGUGGUCACUGUUGUGGUGCUUGCUGUCCUCACCCUUCCCUCGUUUCCCUACACCUCUCUGUGUGUGUGUGUGUGUGUGUGUGUGUAACAUGAAAAUGUGUUUCGCUGUGCGAGUGGGGACCUCUCUUCCCCCCACCGGGUGGUUUCUGUUGGGUUCUUCCACUCCAGCAUGAGAGCUCUACUCUACCUGGCAUGUACCUAUGUUACAUAUUUGUUUGUACUUUUAUUUUUAGCAGGUUAGUCUCGUUUUGAGAUGAACAUUCUCUUUUGCAAGAGAGAUCUGGCCAAAAUAGCAGUACACAAAGUUGCAGACACGUUUACAAAAUAAAACACAAAGCACUACAGUUGGGAAAAAAAGUGUGGCGCAACUAGGGGUCAAAACAUUGACCGCAACCCCCCCUCCUCACCUAAUUUCCCAUCAUAGUGUUUAACGUAGUUUUAAUCUCAUUUAAAGGGACGAGCUCCUGUCAUUUCAGGACCUUUUUGAAGUUCGUUCCAAGUGAAAGGGGCAGUGAACUGGCACCCCCCACUACAAUGUAGUUACAGAAGCGUACAUGUACAAAACAUUAAUUGAUUACAGACAUGAAAAUAGCCUCUUCCUGACCUCAAAAGAAAAACCCAACUUGAGCCCAAGACAUUCGAUGUGGGGUUUUGAAUGUGAGACACUCAUCUAUCUAGAAACCCAAGUACUUGUAAGUUGCUACUCUGACUAUACGUGGAAGAGGUGAUGUUUUUAUUUGUGAAAACCAUAAUGUUUGUCUUGUCAUUUAAAAUCAACUUCAGCUGACAGCUUAGUUAGGACAAUUGAUGACAUAACAUCAAACUGAACACACUGAGUUCUAUCUGAUAGUUAACCUUUGAAUCAUGAGACUGCCCGAUCAGAUGAUCCUAUCAAAGUCUUUGCAACGCGUCAUGAUCAACGGCGUCGAGUACCUUUUUGACAGCUCGAUGAAAAGGGAGACGGUGCCGUUUCUAGCCCCGUGGCAUCAAUAAUAUCAUUAACAACUUUUGUUGCUGCAGUAGAAGAGCCAUGCUGUUUUCUGAAACCUCCAUUGAAACUUAGAUCAAACGUCAUUGACACACAAACCUGUGGAUUCCAUCUCCCUGCCUCCCUCCCUCGACAUCAUAGGUGUGAGAGGUUAAUCCGAAUAAAUUAAUCUUGACAUCUGCUGAAUUACAGUUAGCCUAUGGGGCAGAGACCACUGACAACUCGAGCAGCAUGACACUGGAAUUAAUGAGCUCUGGAAUGUCUUUAAUCAUUCUCUCUUUGUACACCAAAUGCAACAAUUUCAUAUAUUUUUGUUCCGUGUAGUUUAAUAACAUUAAGGAUAUGAAAAUGGCCAAAGAAAGCGAUAUUACAGUAGAUUAUUAUACUGCCUUGGCCUGGACUGUUGGCAAUGUUACAUUUAUUUCCAUAAGGCUGUUGCAGUGUAAACAUAACGCACCAAUAUAUAUUCUCUGAGGCCCAGGUAUGUGUUGGCUUCUCUGCCCCAUAUGCACUUGUUAUUUCCUGGUUUAAGAUGAGCUCUUGUCUCUUAACCAAGUCCAGCAUUGAGAGAGCCUAGAGCCAGGGGGCAGGCUGUCUGUAUGUUAGUGUGUGCUCAUGUUGCUGGGAUAUAUGCAGUUUCUUCAGAAAGUAUUCAUGCCCAUUGACAUAUUCCACAUUUUGUGUUAGUCUGAAUUUAGAUGUUAAGUUUUCCCUCACGAUCUACACACAAUACUCCAUAAUGACAAAGUGAAAACGUGUUUUUAGAAAUGUUUGCAAAUUUAAUGAAAAUGAAAUACAGAUCUCAUUUACGUAAAUAUUUACACCUGAGUCAACUACAGUUGAAGUCGGAAGUUUACAUACACAUUAGCCAAAUACCUUAACUCAGUUUUUCACAAUUCCUGACAUUCAAUCCUAGUAAAAAGUCCCUGUCUUAGGUCAGUUAGGAUCACCACUUAUUUCAAGAAUGUGAAAUGUCAGAAUAAUAGUAGAGAAUUAUUUAUUUCUGCUUUUAUUUAUUCACAUUCCCAGUGGGUCAGAAGUUUACUUCACUCAAUUAGUAUUUGUUAGCAUUGCCUUUUAAAUUGUUUAACUUGGGUCAAACGUUUCAGGUAGCCUUCCACAAGCUUCCCACAAUAAGUUGGGUGAAUUUUGUCCCAUUCCUCCUGACAGAGCUGGUAUAACUAGGUUAGUAGAUCUCCUUGCUCGCACAUGCUUUUUCAGUUCUGCCCACAAAUGUUCUAUAGGAUUGAGGUCAGGACUUUGUGAUGGCCACUCCAAUACCUUGACUUUGUUAUCCUUAAACUAUUUUGCCACAACUUUGGAAGUAUGCUUGGGGUCAAUGUCCAUUUGCGACCAAGCUUUAACUUUGUGACUGAUGUCUUGAGAUGUUGCUUCAAUAUAUCCAUGUAAUUUUCCUGCCUCAUGAUGCCAUCUAUUUUGUGAAUUGCACCAGUCCCACCUACAGCAAAGCACCCCCACAACAUGAUGCUGAUGCCCCAGUGCUUCACAGUCGGGAUGGUGUUCUUCAGCUUGCAAGCCUCCCCCUUUUUCCUCCAAACAUAACGGUGGUCAUUAUGGCCAAACAGUUAUAUUUUUGUUUCAUCAGACCAGAGGACAUUUAUCCAAGAUGUACGAUCUUUGUCCCCAUGUGCAGUUGCAAACCAUAGUCUGGCUUUUUAUGGCAGUUUUGGAGCAGUGACUUUUUCCUUGCUGAGUGGCCUUUCAGGUAUAGGACUCGUUUUACUGUGAAUAUAGCUACUUUUGUACCUGUUUCCUCCAGCACCUUCACAAUGUCCUUUGCUGUUGUUCUGGGAUUGAUUUGCACUUUUCGCUCCAAAGUACGUUCAUCUCUAGGAGACAGAAUGCGUCUCCUUCCUGAGCAGUAUGAUGCCGGAGUGGCCAGAAGCUUCUAAAGCCAUGACAUCAUUUUCUGGAAUUUUCCUAUCUGUUUUAAAGGCAGUCAACUCAGUGUAUUGUAAACUUCUGACCCACUGGAAUUGUGAUACAGUGAAAUAAUCUGUCUGUAAACAAUUGUUGGAAACAUUACUUGUGUCAUGCACAAAUUAGAUGUUCUAACCGACUUUCCAAAACCAUAGUUUGUUAACAAGAAAUUUGUGGAGUGGUUGAUAAAUGAUUUUUCAUGAUUCUAACCUAAGUGUAUGUAAACUUCUGACUUCAACUAUAUGUAGAAGCACCUUUGGCUGCGACCUUUUUAGGUAAGUCCAUAAGAGCUUUCCACCCCUAGAUUGUGCAACAUUUUCCCAUUUUAUUAUUUUAAAAAGUAUUCAAGCUCUGUCAAAUUGGUUGUUGAUCAUUGCUAGACAAUCAUUUUCAGGUCUUGACAUAGAUUUUCAAGUAGAUUUAAGUCAAAACUGUAACUCGGCACAUUCACUGUCUUCUUGGUAAGCAACUCCAUUUGGCCUUGUGUUUUAAGUUAUUGCCCUGCUGAAAAGUGAAGUAAUCGCCCAGUGUCUGGUGGAAAGCAGAUUUGAGACAGGUUUUCCUCAAGGAUUUUGCCUGUACUUGGCUCCAUUCCAUUUAUUUUUUUUAUCCUGAAAACCUCCUCAGUCCUUAACGAUUACAAGCAUACCCAUAACAUGAGGCAGCCACCACCUAUUUAAAAUUACGGCCUACCCUGGACGACCAAAUCACGACCGGAUAUGAUACAGCCUGUAUUCAUUGCAAAAAUGUUAUUGCUUUACCACAUUUUUUGCAGUAUUACUUUAGUGCCUUGUUGCAAACAGGAAGCUAGUUUUUGAAUAUUUUUUUAUUCUAUACAGACUUCCCUCUUUUCACUCAGUCAAUUAUUUUAGUAUUGUGAAGUAAUUGUUGUUUAUCCAUCCUCAGUUUUCUUCUAUCACGGCCAUUACACUCUGUAAUUGUUUUCCUCUCCGGCAGCAGAGUUAGGAAGGACGCCUGUAUCUUUGUAGUGACUGGGUGUUUUGAUACACCAUCCAAAGUGAAUUAAUAACUUCACCAUGCUUAAAGGGAUAUUCAGCGUCUGCUUUUUUUUUUACCCAUCUAACAAUGGGUGCGAGCUAUUCUUUGCGAGGCAAUGGAAAACCUCCCUGGUCUUUAUGGGUGAAACUGUUUGAAAUUCACUGCUCGACUGAAGGACCUUACAGAUAAUUGAAUGUGUGGGUUACAGAGAUGAGGUAGUCAUUAAAAAAAACACUAUUAUUGCACACAGUGACUAUGUGACUGGUUAAGCCAAUUUCUAUUCCUGAACUUAUUUAGGCAUACCAUAACAAAGCGGUUGAAUACUUAUUGACUCAAGACAUUUAAGCUUUUCAGUUGUAAUUAAUUUGGAGAAAUGUCUCAACAUAAUUUCACUUUGAUAUUUUGGGAUAUUGUGGGUAGGCCAGUGACACAAACGUCUCAAUUUAAUACAUUUUUAAAUUCAGGCGCUGUAACAUUUGGGAAAAAGUCAAGGGGUGUGAAUACUUUUCUGAAGGCACUGUAUGUUCUGGCCUCUUGUCUGUGAGGUGCAGUGAUAAAAGAUCCCCCUAUAUCCCUGCUCUUGCAUCCUUGUGUCUGUGUGUGUCUUGUCUGUGUUGUCCACUUUAAAGAACUGGGGCAGUGCCCUGCUUUGUUGGAUGCGUUGUUGGUGUGUUCUGAUGACUAUGUGCAGUACGAUGCAGAUCCCUGUGGGGUCUAAUAAAAGCAAGACUGCUGUCCGGUGAUAUGGAUAAGAAGUAGAAAGAUGAUUAUUGUGGGGUGGUGGUGGGUAACUGGUAUUGGUGGUGGUGGUGAUUUAUAAUACCACUUUUAAUGAUUGUGUCGGGAUGUUGGUGGCUGUGCAACCAUCAUUGUGCGACCUCACACUGGUGUGCUUGUUGCCCGUGGUUCCUGAGAAAUGUUUUAAUGUACAAUUAAAGAGUGGUAAAAAACCAA